GAACCCGAGAUUUUCUUCUCCGCUUCCUCACUGCAGUUGAACAUUCGCUGUAUGACUCCUGAAUGCAGAGUUUGGAUAAACGGAAUCAUCUGUGGAUCUGCGCUCUGUGCUGUACGUCGCUGCAGCCGCGUCAUGCGCGUUUUCAUGCGCGUAUCCAAACUAGCGGGACCCCCGACACGUCGCCUUCCGCUUUAAGAGGAUCGCAGCGCGCGCUGCCAAGUCGCCUAGUGGCCUGUCGCGAGGACUCACCUCGCCCCACCCCCACCCCCAUCCCCCUUUUACCCCGGCUGUUCUGCGGGAGAGCAGAGCGGCUGUCCACGCGCUCAGCUAUUCCCCCUCGGGUCCGACUCAGGGAAGGACCGGCCGCGCGACUCGUCGCGAGCAUUUGUAUGUACGCGUUCGGCGGCAUUGCUGCCCGCAUUCAGACGCAGAGGCUGCAGGCCGAAGGCAUGGGCUCCAACGAGCAGGCCGUCAGGCUCUUCAACCAGGACUACGAGGCGCUCAAGCAGCAGUGCCUGGAGAGCGGGCGUCUCUUCGAGGACCCCUGCUUCCCCGCGGAGCCCCCUUCCCUGGGCUUCAAGGAGCUGGCACCGCACUCCUCCAAAACCCGCGGGGUGGAGUGGAUGCGGCCCACGGAGCUCACGGACGACCCCCAGUUCAUCGUGGGCGGGGCCACGAGGACCGAUAUCUGCCAGGGGGCUUUGGGGGACUGCUGGCUUCUGGCCGCUAUCGCCUCCCUCACCCUGAACGACAUCCUGCUUCACCGUGUGGUUCCACAUGGCCAGUCCUUCCAGGACGACUAUGCCGGAAUCUUCCACUUCCAGUUCUGGCAGUUUGGCGAGUGGGUGGAUGUGGUCAUUGAUGACCGGCUCCCGGCGAAAGACGGAGAACUCAUGUUCGUCCACUCUGCCGAGGGCAACGAGUUCUGGAGCGCCUUGAUCGAGAAAGCCUACGCCAAGCUCAACGGAUCCUACGAGGCGUUGUCGGGGGGCAGCACCACCGAGGGGUUCGAGGACUUCACGGGAGGCGUGGCGGAAAUGUAUGAGCUGCGAAAGCCCCCCAGGGACCUUUACAAGAUCAUCGGGAAGGCCUUGGAGAGGGGGUCCCUGCUGGGCUGUUCCAUAGACAUCACUAGUGCCUUCGAUAUGGAGGCUGUGACCUUCAAGAAGCUGGUGAAGGGCCACGCCUACUCAGUGACCGGCCUGAGGCAGGUAGACUACCAGGGCCAGAUGGAGAAACUGAUCCGCAUCCGGAACCCCUGGGGGCAGGUGGAGUGGACAGGAGCCUGGAGUGACAACUCGCGGGAGUGGGAUGAGAUCGACCCGUCCGAGAGGGAGGAUCUGCAUUUAAAGAUGGAGGAUGGAGAGUUCUGGAUGUCCUUCCAGGAAUUCCUGCGCCAGUUCUCUCGGCUCGAGAUCUGCAACCUGACGCCGGACGCGCUGAGCGCCGAUGCGGCCAGCUUCUGGAACACCAUCAAGUUCCACGGGACCUGGAGGAGGGGCAGCACGGCAGGGGGCUGCAGGAACCACCCCAACACGUUCUGGAUCAACCCCCAGUAUAAGAUCACGCUGCUGGAGGAGGACGACGACGACCCCGAGGACGACGAGGUGGCCUGCAGCUUCCUGGUGGCGCUCAUGCAGAAAGACCGGCGGCGGUAUCGGCGCCACGGCCAGGACAUGCACACCAUCGGAUUCGCCAUCUACGAGAUUCCAGAUGAGUUUAAGGGUUGUCAGAACAUCCACCUGAAGAAGGACUUCUUCCUGGCGCACUCGUCGUGCGCGCGCUCCGAGACCUUCAUCAACCUGCGCGAGGUGAGCUCGCGACUCCGCCUGCCCCCGGGCGAGUACCUCAUCGUGCCCUCCACCUUCGAGCCCAGCAAGGAGGCCGACUUCGUCCUCAGGGUCUUCACCGAGAAGCAGUCCGAGACGGAAGAGCUGGAUGAUGAAAUCUCGGCAAACCUCGAAGACGAGGAGGAGAUCACGGAGGAUGACAUCGACGACUCCUUCAAGUCUUUGUUCGCCCAGCUGGCCGGGGAGGACAUGGAAAUAUCUGUUCACGAGCUCAGGACCAUCCUUAACAGAGUGGUGUCCAAACACAAGGACCUGAAGACCGACGGCUUCAGCAUGGAGUCGUGCCGGACCAUGGUGAACCUCAUGGACAAAGAUGGCAGCGCCCGUCUUGGCCUGAUGGAGUUCCAGAUUCUCUGGAAUAAGAUUAGGAAGUGGUUGGUCCUCUUCCGGCAGUUCGACCUGGACAAGUCAGGGGCCAUGAGCUCUUAUGAGAUGCGUCUCGCGGUGGAAUCUGCAGGCUUCAAGCUCGACAACAAGCUGAACCAGAUCCUGGUGGCCAGAUAUGCCGAAAACGAAGCCGUCGACUUCGACAACUUCAUCUGCUGCCUCGUCAAGCUGGAAACCAUGUUCAGAACUUUCUAUCAGCUCGACAAAGAUGGGACUGGUGUGGCUGAAAUGAAUAUGAGCGAGUGGCUUUACUUGACCAUGUGCGGCUAAAGAAUUAAUUCCAGUUGGAAGGAAAAGGGAAGCUUUGGAUGCAUCUGAGGAUU